AUGUUACAGUAUGAUGAUUGUUUGGACCAGCUGCCUGAAGGUGGCGCGUGCAGCGAGCCUUCUUUAUCUUCAGACGAGGAGUCUCCGGUGCCGCCGUGUGAAGACGGCGCGCGAGACCAACAUCUGUUACUGAGUUCAGCCGACGAGUACGGAGUGAGCGCGGCGCCUCUGUCCACGCGCGCCCGGCAGCAGCUCGCGCUGGCGUGCUCCGUGCGGCUCGAGCGCCUCCAGUUCCCCAUUAACACCACCGCCGAAGAGCAAGCCUGUACGGCCGAUACUGGUUCCACAGACUUCACACACGACUCUAGUUUAAUCACACAUAAAAAUGUCGUUUACACACAAGAAACGAAUCAGAACGCCUACUGUUGCGACAUGUGUAGUGAGCAAUUUACGUCAAAACUUACUUUAAUCCGACAUAUCAGAACGCAUGCACUCGUGGAACCUUAUACCUGUGGAGUUUGUAAAGAACUAUUUGUAAGUAGCUCAUUAUUGAGUAAGCAUUUAAGAUUUCACUCGGCAGAGAGACCGUACGUUUGUAGAGAAUGCAACAAGCGAUUUGCAACAAAACUCACUUUCUAUCAACAUAGAAGAACGCACACUGGAGUGAAACCAUACAGAUGUAAUGAAUGUAACAAGCAAUUCGCACAAAGAUGGGCUUUGUUGGUCCAUGCAAGGACUCACAGUGGAGUGAAACCAUACAAAUGUACGGAAUGCAACACGAAAUUUGCACAUAAGGAUACAUUAAAUAGACAUAUAAGAAGUCACAGUGGAAGGAAAUAUAACUGUGAGCAUUGUAACAAGAAAUUUACACAUCCAGUGAAUUUACAAAAUCACCUGAGAAUUCACAUUGGAAAUACGUUUGUCUGUGACCAAUGUAACAAGCGAUUCAUUGCCAAACAUCACUUAAUAAGACAUAUAAAAAUUCAUGCCCCCGAAAAACGAGAAAAACUAUACGCGUGUCAAGAAUGUCCCAAGAAAUAUAUUCGUAAAGAUAGUUUAGAUGUACAUUGUAAGACAAACCAUGUUGGACGGAAACCGUUUAGAUGUACAGUGUGCAACAAGCAAUUCGCUUUUAAAAGUUAUUUAUUGAGUCAUGAAAUCGUCCAUAGAGAAGACAAACCAUACAAAUGUAAAACAUGUAAUAAACAAUUCACACAAAGAGGUUCUUUAGAUUACCACGAAAGAGUCCAUAGUGGCGUGAAACCAUACAAAUGUAAAAAGUGUAACAAGCAAUUCUUACAAAAAUACUCUUUAGUUGACCAUGAAAGAAUUCACACUGGAGAAAAACCUUUUAGUUGUAGUGAAUGUGACAAACGAUUUGCACGGAAAAGUAGUAUAGCUGGUCAUGUAAAAACUAAACACGGCAAUACAAAAAACAAGAUACAACUCGCACAGAAAGAAAACUUUGUUUGUUAUGAACGACACCCCGAAGAACAACCAUUCAGAUGCAAUGAACAAAACCAGCAAUUAAGCCAAAAAAAUAGUUUAGAAACACAUACAAGUCACACCGGAGAAAAACCGUACACCUGUGAAGAAUGUAAGAAUCAGUUUGCAUUAAAAUUUGAAUUAGAGAGACAUAAAAAAAUACAUACCGAUGAGCAAUCAUACGAAUGCGAAAUAUGUGAAACAAUUUUUUUCGAUGAAAUAAGUUUAAUGAAACAUGUAGAAACACAUAAAUCCAGGAUACUAUAA